GUAGUGCCGUAAUAAAGAACAGGCCUUUAAUCGGAACAUCAUUUUUUUAAAGAAACUUGCAGAGCAACAAAAUGAGCAGAACCAAUUCUAAUUAAUUUAAUUAAUUUAAGUAACAAAUUGACAAAAAAAACUAAAACUAACACAAUACUAUUUUUCCUACUGAAUUGCUUACGAGAGCCAAUCAGGAUUUUGUCAACUGAUCUAAAAUUCUGCGUCCUUAUUGGCUCUCGCAAGAUAUCCAGUAGGAAAAUAGUAUCGUGUGCCGUUGGCUUACUGUUCCGCUCAAUCUUUUGUUAACGAAAUAUUUUUAAGAGGAACUCACUGAGCAACAAUUUUUUUCUUAAAAAAAGUGUUGCAUCCAUUCCAAUUAUUUCAUCCACGAUUUUAACAUGUACAGAAACAGAGAAUUUCUUUUUCGAUGUUGGCAGUCUUGAAUGUCCGAAGCUUCGCGUUUUGACCACAUGCGUCUAUUGCUUGUGUUAUUGCGCGUGUCGCGAUCUGCAGAGGUUAGGUUGAAAUUGUUUAGAAUCGGGACGAUCCACAAAGAAACCGAUUGUUUGUAAAAUUUACGAAGAUGAGCCGGAAAGAAGCGUUGUCUCAAUUCAUACAACAAAUUCAUGGACGGCCCGUCGUCGUAAAAUUGAACAGCGGUGUCGAUUACAGAGGUGUACUGGCGUGCAUAGACGGCUACAUGAACAUAGCGCUUGAACAAACCGAGGAGUACGUGAAUGGACAGUUGAAGGACAAAUACGGAGAUGCGUUCAUACGUGGGAACAAUGUUCUGUACAUCAGUACGCAAAAGCGUAGAAAUUAAUCGCCAAAUAUAAGCGAAUAAGGGCUAAAUGUUUAUUUAA